UCUUCCACAGAGGGAAGAGUCAGUAAAGAAAAGGGGCAGAUUUGAAUUUAUGUCCAGGACUAUACCUACCAGCAUAUUAUCGAACUAUUAUUAGGAUUACACAUCAGCAAAAUUAAGGAAACGUUGCAGACAGGAACGCUGGACAUCCAGAGGAACUCCAGAGGAUUAGCUUGCAAGGAAGAGAUGUCCACAACAGUUCUGCUCCUUUCCUCUUAAGGACCAGUGCAGAAGAGCAUCCAAUCUCAAGGGCUGACACAGAUGGUAGCCAUCACUAUGAAAGUUACGCUGAACAGCAUCUCCGUGUUUGCAGUCCUGGCGGGUGUUUUAAGUUUCACCUUCCUGGUGGCUGCCCUUGGCACAGACUUUUGGUACCUAACUGAUGCUUCUAAACUGGAGAAGUUAAGCAAUGAUACAGGUAGCCUGAGUUCCCAUACAGGACUCUGGAGGACCUGUCAAUUUAAUAGGUCAUGCCUGCCUUUGGUAAACCCAUUUAAACUUGAGACAACGAACAUCACCACAUCGCAUAAGAAAGUCCUGUGGGCGUCGGAUAAGACGGAAUGCCGGAUAAGCGAAGACAUGCGUGGGGCAUUUGUGAUCCUGUUGCCUCUAAGCCUCAUCUUCAUCAUCUUUGGAGGAAUUGUGGGGUUCAUUGGCAUCUUUACCCAAGCGUUCUGCCUUCUGCUGUUCACCGGAGUUCUCUUUCUCCUAGGAGCUCUCGUUACCCUCCUUGGGGUCAGCAUCUAUAUCGCCUAUUCUGCUGCCGCCUUCAAGGAAGCCGUCCUUCUUCUGGGGAGGAAGAGUCUCUUGGAAUAUCUCAACAUCCAGUUUGGCUGGUCCUUGGCCUUUGCCUGGGUGUCCAUCGCUGCAGAGCUUCUCACUGGGCUGGCGUUCAUUCUAAUGUCCAGGAUGGUGGGCCAGAAACGACGGUGGGACAGUUUCAUUUGAAGAUGUCAGAGGUGGUCUUCUUCAAUGCUGUUUUCGUCACCGGCCUCUGUCUCUUUUUCAUCGCCGCUUUGUGCUGGGUCAAAGCCACACUACAGGAUAUCCUUUUGUCACUGCUUCAGUGGCCGAGAGUUUUGACCAACAGCUAAGAUAAGAUCCCCAAAAAGGUUCUGUGCGGAGCUGUGUGACUAAGCAUAAAAUAAUCAAAGAAAAAGUCUGCACCAUCAAAAGUUAAAUUCUGUGUUCUGUAGAAAACAAAUGCUUCCUUGAACAAAUUAACAUAUCUUUAUUUUGGCUAAUUUAUCCUACCCUCUUUUAAAAUUAUUCACUGAAACUUUCUUUGUGUUGCUAGUCAGAGUGGCAGACGGGGGUUCGUGAAGAAUCAGCACUUCACCCUUAAAUUUUGGAAAUCUUGCCCAUCAACCACUCUGACUUCUGAAGUUUCAGUAGAUAAGUAUCCUAAGGGCUUCUUUUCUUUCUUCCUUU